CCUGGUGUAAAGCAUGUAAUAUUGAUGCCGUGUGCUUGCAUAUUGCGCCCCCUGGCGUCUCAUGCAGGAGCACGCAUGUUAAAGCGCUAAGCUUGUGGCGUUUGAGGGCUACGUCGACCACCACCCAGGUUCACAGAAACAGAACCAUGUCCCGGUUAAAGCCAGGUUCCGACGGACCUGGACCAACGACGAGGACCCGGCAGGACGCGUGUGCUCGUCGCUCUGUCUAAGUGAAGUCUGGUAGGCCUGAAUGUUCUGCCUGCUCUGCAUCAAAAGGAUGUCAAGCUAUUACUAUGGCAGUGCAGAUGAGUAAAAGGAAGUAUUUAAAGACAGAUCAGAAUGACUGACUCAACCGGCCCGUCCCAGUCCGACAAGAUGCUCGACCUCUCCUCCGUUAACAGAGCGCUCUCUCCGGGUCUGUUCAGGACCGCGCCGUGCUCUACCGGAGGUCCUGCUAGACUGGCGUCCCUGCGAACCAGGGAUAUGACCCUGGUAGGGGCACCCAAAAAGCCUCGGAGAACCUUUGAACCAAAUGUCCAUGUAGUUAGAAAGAGCAAAGAUGAACUAAAGAUACAGAUGACCACAUCGCCAAAACAAAGACUGGAGAGAGAGGAGAAGAGAAAAGAGCGGAGGGUAGUGAAGAGAGAGAAGCCUCGGAUUAUUCAGUCUCACUCCAUCUUUGAGCAGGGCCCAGCGGCCUGCACACGGAGAACAGGCCGAGGCACAACUCUGCCCGAGUCCAGCAGUCUCCCGUGUGACCAGCUUAAGAGAGAGCCAGAGGAGGACAGCCAUACAGCUUUAAGCAAGCUGUACAGAGAUGAUUUUAUAGAUGAUCCUACUCUGAGGAACAGCUCUAAACUUAAGCCCAUUCAGCUUCCCUUAAAACACACUCCAUCUCUGAGUGUCACAGCUCAAAGCACAGGUGGUCGAAAUGUGGAGGUGUGUCAGGCAAAGCAGCCAUCCCUGGUGGAGCUCUUCAGUGAUCUGCAUUUGUCUGGCAGAGAUGAACUCUUUUUUAUGCAGCUGCCAGACUGUAUGCCUGUUAAAACUGUAGGACCAAGACCCCCAGACACUGCCAGCUAUGGACUCUCAAAGCCAGCCAAAAGAGACAGCCUACAACAGGGAAAGGCAGGCAUAAGCCUGCAAACACAAGAACCAGUGCUGUCCAGUUUUUCCGAGGGCCUUCUGGGUAAACUGCAGCUUCGGAAAUCAGGAAAAGUGGUGCUGAAGCUGGGAGACAUCAGCAUGGAUGUGACCGAGGGGGGGGCCUUCUCCUUCCUGCAGCAGCUCGUGUCGGUGCGUCUGUCCGAGGGCCGCUCCGGAGACAUGAUGGUUCUGGGGAAUGUCAGUCACAAGCUUGUUUUGUCUCCUGUUUUUCAGACUUUGCUUGACCAUUCUGAGACCAAACCCCCCUAGAAAAUAUUUUCUAAAGCAAAUGGCAGCUAAAAGUUACAUUAGAAAAGCAGUGGUCAAGUGGUCAAUCCCAGCUCCAAUCAGUGCAUGCUUUCCUGUCUUUGGGCACUUCCGUCCACCUUACCUGUGUAAAUGUAAUGUUUAGAGUGGUUGGUGCUGGUCAGAGGAGGCGAUGCCCACCUCAUGGCAGCUUUGACUACAGAAGUAGUUUACCAUUGCUGAGUGUGGAGAGUGAGUGAAUGAAUAAUGAAAAUAUACUUUUUAAAGGAGCUCACCACCUGUUCAUCUCCAUGGAAAUAUUAUUGUUUUGCCUAAUGUUCUAAACUUUCUAUCUCCAUGGAGACUUGCAUGUGACUGGCCUCUCCAAAAGUUACCUAGUGCACCUUUAAGCUUGUCAUGCACAAUACAAAUGUAAGACCGUUUUAACCUGUUUGAGACAUUUUUUACAUGCUCCUGCCCACUUAAUGUAUAAUGGGAAUCUGUCCACUUAACUCAGCUGCCUUUUGAAUUAGGCAGUUGUAUACACUGUUUUUAUAACUUCAUUGUUGUAUCUGACAGGCUUUGACACUUCAAAUGGUUUAUGGGUGUAAUUACAAGGUCAUCAGGUCAUCAUCAUGCAUUUAAAAAUGCUGUAUACCGAUUUCCCAGAAAAAUUACAGAAUUGGUAUUUCAUUGUACUGGACUGUUCAUUGGGUAUUUUUGUGAUCCUCAUUAGCUGAGCUUGACACCCAGCUAUUAGUGAGGGUGGUCUUUUUUAUUUUUAAAAUGUGCACUAGAAUUAUGUAAUUCCUUUAAAAAUAUUUGUUUUGUUUAAACAUUGGUAAAUCAGUAGA